AUGCCAUCGAAGACCCGGAGCGGUGAUGAGGCGGAGUGCGGCUGGGACUCGAGCUGGAGCAGUCUGGAGCCAACACGGCGUGAAUUUCUCAAACCCACCGUCUCGGUGACCCCCGGCAGGGUGGUGGCGCUCGGGGGAAGCGUCACCAUCCGCUGUGAGAGUCGGCAACGAUCCAUGGAGUUCUUUCUGCGUAAAGCUGGACACCCGAACCCGCAGGCGCAGUCGGUGCCUGAUGGGACCGUGGCUGAAUUUCCCAUCCCCAGUGUCGGUCGGGAAGAUGGAGGGAGCUACACCUGCGACUAUCGCUCCAUAGCAGAUCAGAGUCGCUGGUCAGAUCCCAGCGACCCCGUCGAGAUCAUUGUAGCAGAGCCCAGCUACCCCAAACCCAACAUCUACCUGCUGAGACCCAGCGGGGGGGUUUCCCUGGGGGGAGCCAUGGCCAUCCUGUGUCAGGGGCAGCACCGGGGCGUGCGGUUCGUCUUGAAUAAAGAGCGACGCCAUUUCCCAUCUGUGGAUUCGGACGGAUUUGAGGCUGUGUUUCCCAUCAGCAACGUGCGCCAGGAGCAGAGCGGGAGCUACAGCUGCUCCUAUCACAGCCGAUCGGAGCCGUUCGCCGUGUCGUACCCCAGCGACCCCGUGGAGCUGGUGCUGAGAGGAACCUCCAUCUCUCUGAGCCCCACUGGGGUCACCGCCCCAGGGGCAGACGUCACCAUCCGGUGUCAGGGGCAGCGCCGGGAUGUGAGGUUCUUCCUGCACAAGGCUGGAGACCAGAACCCGCCGCGACACAUGGACCCUGCUGGGGACGGGGCCGAGUUCCGCAUCCCCACCGUGGGCCGGCAGCACGGAGGGAACUACAGCUGCAGCUACCGGCCCCGAUCAGAGCCCUUCGUCUCCUCAGAGCCCAGCGACCCCGUGCAGCUGGUGGUAGCAGGGAAAGGACCAGCCCCGAGACAGAGCAGGUGAGACCCCCAGCUC